CUUGACGCAGCAAUGUCGACAACUCUCCCGGUGCUAGUGGAGUGAAGGCGUAUGUGGAGAGGCUGAGGGCAACGCGCUCGACCGCUGUGACGAACACACACCUCCGCCGCAGCCUCUGCCGACCGACGGGGACCGGAGGGACCGCUUCGCGACCGAGAGGCGUAAAUGGCCACAACAUUUGCAAAAAGGAGAAGACGCUGCCAAUGAGACAACCGGUGUAGCGAAGAAGAAGAAGAAUUAGAAGAAGAAGAAGAAGAGAGCGUCCUGGACAUUAGGGAGCGUGUUUGCCGUGUCGGAGCCCCUACUCGCACACAAGGGAAGUUUUUGUGACCGUUUUUUUUUUUGGUGGGGGUCUUUGAUUUUUAGGCUGCAAACAUGGACGAGGACAACCAAGUACCUGAGGACCUGUCUCUGGAGGAAAGAGAUGAGCUGUCGAAUAUACGGCGCAGGAAAAAGGAGCUUCUGGAUGAUAUUGAACGGCUGAAGUUUGAGAUCGCAGAGGUGAUGACUGAGAUCGAGCAGCUGACCUGCGUAGGUGAGAGCAAAACCACGCAAAGAAACAAACAGAUCGCCAUGGGCAGGAAGAAGUUCAACAUGGACCCUAAAAAGGGGAUCCAGUUUCUUCUGGAGAACGAUCUUCUCCAGCACACCCCAGAGGACAUCUCACAGUUCCUCUACAAAGGCGAAGGGCUUAACAAAACAGCCAUAGGGGACUACUUAGGGGAGCGGGAUGACUUCAACAUCAAGGUCCUUCAGGCGUUUGUGGAGCUUCAUGAGUUUGCAGACCUCAACCUCGUACAAGCCUUAAGGCAGUUUCUGUGGAGCUUCAGACUACCCGGCGAGGCCCAGAAGAUUGAUCGUAUGAUGGAGGCGUUCGCCUCCAGGUACUGUCAAUGCAACCCUGGCGUCUUCCAGUCCACAGACACCUGCUACGUCCUAUCAUUUUCCAUUAUCAUGCUCAACACAAGCCUGCACAAUCCCAACGUCAGAGACAAGCCCCCCGUCGAGCGCUUCAUCUCCAUGAACAGAGGGAUCAAUGAGGGAGGAGACCUCCCGGAGGACCUACUCAGGAAUCUAUACGACAGCAUCAAGAGCGAGCCCUUUAAGAUCCCAGAGGAUGAUGGGAAUGACCUGACGCAUACGUUCUUCAACCCAGACAGAGAGGGCUGGCUGCUCAAAUUAGGCGGCCGAGUGAAAACCUGGAAAAGAAGGUGGUUCAUCCUGACUGACAACUGCCUCUACUACUUUGAAUACACAACAGACAAGGAGCCUCGUGGGAUCAUCCCACUGGAGAAUCUCAGCAUCAGGGAGGUGGAGGAACCGAGGAAACCUAACUGUUUUGAGCUCUAUAAUCCCAAUCACAAGGGCCAGGUGAUUAAAGCCUGCAAGACGGAGGCAGAUGGGCGAGUUGUCGAGGGCAACCAUGUGGUGUACAGGAUAUCGGCUCCCACGGCAGAAGAGAAAGAGGAGUGGAUUAAAUCCAUUAAGGCCAGCAUCAGCAGAGACCCCUUCUACGACAUGCUGGCCACCAGGAAGAGACGCAUCGCCAACAAGAAAUGAAGCGGGAGGGUCUUCUCCACCUCCAUCUUUCCCUCCUUCCGUUCAUGAACACACGACACACACCACAAUCGCCAGGGAGACGCUUCGCCACAGAGAGAGCCGUCAAAAACCCCAAAUUACAAACCUCCGUGUCUCUCCUGGACUCUCCACGAGUCAUGUGCUCUUGCUGGGGAGACAUCACACACCACUGAGGGGAUUUACUCUCUUACACACAAACAACCAACCAGGCUGACUUGUUUCUCCUCCAUCUCAUGUACACCCCCUACCUCUCCCUCUCAUGGUCAUAACAAGCACAACUGCCAUGUUUCAGGUGCAAAUGCAUGCGUGUGGGUUAUUAUAGGCCAGUGUGUGUGUGUGUGUGUGUGUGUGUGUGUGUGUGUGUGUGUGUGUGUGUGUGUGUGUGUGUGUGUGUGUGUAUGCAGUGGUGUGCUCCGUCCACUGUGCUUUAUGAAAAAGUCCUAAUUCAAAGUUGGAGUUCGGAUGUCUGGGAUACAUUGUGAGGAUGAGGUGGGACGGGUGGGAAGAGGAGACAAGCGGACAUGUUCGGGAGGUGGCGAGACGAUCGGUGCAGCAGAAGCUCACCUGCACCGCGUCGUCGUCUCACUCAGGUGCUGAAUUCUUCCCUCCGGGUCCCAUGGCUGAAGCCUUCUCAGAGAAAGCUCCAAAAACAGUGCUGGCUUACGUUUAGGUUCCUAAAAACUUGUUACAGGCUUGAGUCAGCUGGGCUGAUUUCACUCAUUUGUGUGGAGCAGAGAAUUUUGAUAAUGUGCAUACUUUUUUAUUUUAGUUGCAAAGAGCUUUUUGCCGAGGCCUGAGAUAUUAUUUGCGUUUUGGACUUGAAGUUGCAAACCUUUUAGAGAAGUGAGCACUGGUUGAUUUGGUGACACAACCUUUGAUUUAAAGAAGGCAACAGCCAGUGUGGUGUAAUACUACGACAAACCAAUGUGGAACGCUAUAUUGGCCAUUGCAGAUUGAAUGCUGACCAGAAAGGGAGUCAGAUAUAUUGGAAAUCUUAACAGUACUUCAACUUUAAAAAGUCCACCAGGUAGGUUUUAUCUAUGGCUAUGCAACGGCCCAAUGGGGUACCAGUCCAAUUAAGCUUUUCUUCCACUUGUCUGUGGCCUAUAUGAGUGAAGGUCAACGUGCUGUUGUGAUCCUGUUUGCAUUUGGUUCGUAAUUCCUGCUUGCUUUUGUGUUCCUCUUUUAAAAAAAUAAGCAUAUAAAUAAUAACCAACUAUAAUUUUUGUAUUUAUUUUCAUUUGUGAUAUGGUUUAGUACUACCUGUAAAUGUUAAACAAUGUAUGCUUAAGUUAUGUGUAUGUGUGUGUAUAUAUAAUGUAUAGAAUUCGUGUUACUUUGUUGUAGUAUGCACACUCUGUGUAACAUGUUUGAGCCAACAGGAAGACUUUUGCUGAAGUUAGCGGUCUUCUUUCAAAAGCCUUAAACAUAAUCAUAAGAAAACAUGAGGAUGAAGAUGCUAUUUGUCGAUAACUGGGACGAUGCUCCUUAAAAUGCCAUGACUGACAAGUGAGUAAGAAGGUUCUAUUUAUGAUGAUGAAGAUUCUAGUGAAGAUGAUGUUUGAUGUUAAUGAUGAUGAUUAUUGCCACCUGAUGAUGAUGAUGAAACUAUCAAUGAGGAUGAUGUCAAAAAACUAUAAACAACAGUAGUUUUCUAUGUGAUUGUAAAAUAAAAUGAAAGCCUUGAGUUGACGGCAGAAUAUUAUCUUCUACUGCCCCGUGUGGGCUCAUAGUUACAUUAACUUUUAUACUCUCUGUAAAAGCUAUUGGUCACGUUGUACAUUACGUUUAUCUACAUAAAAUAUACAUAAAGCUUACAGCACA